AUGUAUAAACAUCAAAGAAAUGCUAAUUUUCAUUUAUCUUUUUUCAUUCGACAACAUCUCUGGCCCAUAAUUAUCCCAUCGAUAGCUAUUCUAUUCCUUACGUUUUGCCCACAAAUCUCUCAAUCAAUUCAAAUCAAUACUAAUGAUUAUAAUCAACAAGCACAAAAUCCUGAUCGAACUGUAGCGAAACUUGGUGCACGCGAAGUUCAACUAAAAUCAACUGUAUCAUCUCUACCACUUUCCAUACCACCAUCAUCGACACCUACGACGGUAUCGUUCGAUGACUCGAUUCAUGCGCUGUACGUAAUAUCUUUGGACGGUAAAAUAACUGCCAUUGAUGCUCGUGCUAAUGGACGACAAAUGUGGACAGCUGAUACAGGUGCCCCAUUGAUUGAUUCAAGUUUAAGUAAAAUCGAAAUAUCUCGUGAUUCUCGAUCUGUUCGUCUUAUUCCAUCGUUAAUCGGUGGUCUUUUUGAAAAAUAUGAAGAAGAUGGACAUGUCGAGCCAUUACCAUUCGAUGCUGAUAGUUUACUUGAUGCAACAUUUAAGCUUCAUGAUGAGCUCGUGAUUAACGGUGGAAAACAUAUUGAUACACUUGGUCUUGAUUUACACACUGGACAAAUUCUUUAUUCAUUUUCAAAAGAUAAUCGCGUACAAUCGGGUACAUGGGAUAAUAAUCGAACUACUACAACAAGUAAUACGGAUCAUGGUGAGUCUAAGCCAACCUUAAUUGUGAAACGAACAACACAAACUGUUAGAGCACGAAGUGCACGAAAUGGUUAUGAGAAAUGGAAUUUUAGUGUCUCUAAUAAUGAACUACUUCAUUUACGUGCUCAUUCAGCGGCGGCGGUUGUUCUCGAUCAAGUUAAUAGUCUUAGCAAUAGUGAACAAGGAUUUUCUGGUUACUUCCAAUAUCAGCUGCAAACAGGUGUAGUUUUGGCAUAUGAUAAAACUGGUCAAAGCGUUUGGUCAUCAGCCAUCAAUGCACCCAUUGCAGCUGUGUGGGAGUUAAAAGGUGGUCAAUUGAUGGAAAAAUCUCUUUUUGAAACAACGACCAAUUAUGUGCCAUCUGAUGAUUUAAUACACGACGACGAUGAUGACGACAAUGAUUUUCCGCCCCCACCUAAAUCACAUCGUUUGGCAUUCAUUGGUGAAUUUAAUUCUACACCAUAUGUUAUCGUAUCACCUCAAGUUCAAAAGGAAUUAAUUUAUGAUGCAAGAAAAAACAGUGGAUCCAUCGGAGGUACACGACCAGUCUUGUCUCCAUGGCAUAAAGUUUAUCAAAAGCGCACGCUAUCUAUCGGUUCAGAAGUAUCUGAGAAUAAUCAACAACGUGCAAUUACAGCUGGAGUGUCCGAACAUAAUUAUCCGCUAGCUUUACGACCUGAUUCCACUGGAUCAUACCAAGCAAACUCACCAUCAUCAGUCGUAGAAACAUGUGAUACUGCUGGUUAUCUACAACUAAUUUUGAGUCCAAGUGACAUUCGCCUUAGAGAAGCAGAAAAGAAAGAUUCCAACAAGAAUUUGAACACCAAUUCUGAAGUAAAUCUACCAGCUAAUGCACUGGCAGUUUCAAGCGUUGUACUCGGUGCUUUGAUGAUAUUUGCAUUCUAUUACAAACACAAACAAAAUCUGAAACUGUCAAAAGAAUUAACAACUACAGAAAGUACGAGCAGUGUGUCAAUCACACCGCCAUCGACUCCAAUCUAUCAUGAAUUAGAAGCAGUGGUUCCUACUCCACCGUUUCAAUCACGAUAUGCCUCGGAAUAUGAACACGUGCGCUUUCUUGGACGUGGCGGUUUUGGAGUUGUUUUCGAAGCAAUUAAUAAAUUGGAUGAACGACGUGUGGCAAUUAAGCGUGUUUCAUUGAAAAAAUCAUCGGGAAAAGAACGUGCAUUGAAAGAAAUUCGAUCUUUAGCUGUUCUCAAUCAUCCGAAUCUGAUUCAGUAUUAUUAUGCUUGGAAUGAAUGUCCACCUUUUGGAUGGCAAGAAGAAGAGGACAAAACCUUACUCAUUCGAACCAAUAUGCAUAGCAGAGAUUCAAUAAGUACUUUUCCAACUUCAGCAGCGUCUGGAAACGAUAGUGAAUCUGUCAAUCAAGUGAAAUCGAUGAACUUUUCAUGUUCGUCUGUUGUACAUGCGGUAAAAACGCCCCCAACCUUCGAGUUCACUUUUGAUCGUUCUUCAAAUCCACUUCGUAUUGACGAAGAAUUUUCUUCAAACAGUGUUGCUAAUAAUGAUAAAUCGAACGAAUUUUCAUCUUCAACAUCGUCAUCAUCAGCUAGCGGCAACCAUAAUCGAUUAGAUGCAAAUAAUAAUACCAACUCUAGAAAACGUGGUCGUUUGUCGACGACGAAAAGUUCACUGUCAUCUUCUUCACCUUUCUUUGAUCAUUCUAUUGAUUCAUCCGAUCUAUCGGAUGAAGAACGACCACCGGCAAACGAUCGAACAGAAAGCGAUGAUGGAAUUAUAUUUCUACACGAUGAGAAGCAUUCGUCAUCACCGUCACCAUUACCAAGUCAAUCGUCCAGGUCGAUCAGUGAAGCGAAAAAAUCAGUCUCUAGCGAAAAAGAUAUGCCACCAAUAUAUUUUUAUUUUGUAAUGGAGCUAUGCCAACCGGAAUCCUUACGUGAUCGAUUGACACACCGAAGUAUUGAUCGACAUCAAGCUUGGUCAAUUUUUGAUCAAAUUAUCAAAGGUAUUGAAUACAUACAUUCGCAAAAACUGAUUCAUCGUGAUUUAAAACCAAACAAUAUACUAUUUUCUAUGGAGAAUACUGUGAAAAUCGGCGACUUUGGACUUGUUUCAGCGUUUGGUAAGGAUAAAUCAGCGAAGAAGAAGAAACGAGUAGACGAGAAAAUUUAUCGGGCAUGUGAAGUCGAAACAAUAUCAUCCACCACCGAUGGCGAAGGUAAUAACGAACUCGGUGGUACUUUACUCUACAUGAGCCCAGAACAGAUGCAUCAGCAACCAUACAAUCAAAAAGUUGAUAUUUAUGCUAUCGGUAUUAUUCUCUUCGAACUCCUCUACCCAUUUUCCACUCAAAUGGAACGUAUGCAAGCUAUAACCAAUCUUCGUUUAUCAAAACCAGUAUUUCCCGCAGAUUUCGAGCAUGAUGGGAGCAAUCAAAGUCGACGGAUCCAUAAUUUGAUACAUUGGUUAUUAUCCGAAUCAUCAAGUGAUCGUCCACGAGCAAGCGAUUUACGUCAGAGUGUUUUGUAUCGACGCAUAUUACACGUAGAGGCACCCGAUUUGUUUCCAGUUGAUAAUCGGCAGAAAAGCCAAACAAUAGUAAGUGAAAAGGAUGAAACGCCUAUGUGCCAUUCGCCACGCGGUCGAAUAUCAUCGUCACCGUUCCGUCGAACAUUAUCGUCCUCGGCACUUGAUUCGCGCAAAGAAUCUGAAUCAGGAGAUGUAGAAUGCACAUCGUCAGCCGCUCAGUGA